CAACAAUCCGAAUCCUCAAAAUUCUGCCAGCCUUGACGAGGACCAAUGAAUUGGUCGCCUUAUUUGACGCUUAGAUCUUGACUCCAACCAACACUUUUGAACCAAAGCGCUUCAUCUCCCCUACACUCUACAGACCCACGAAGGAUCAGACCCGAAUUCUCCACUAUACAAGCAUCCGCAUUCAUCUUCAUAGUCUCAGAAACCAUGUCCGGUCAAAUUUAUAUUCCACUUCCUACCGCCAACUCAAUACGUUUGCUGAGGCUAGCGCCUGGAUCCAACGAUGACCCUAUUACUUGUGAGCUGGAGAUUUUCUCGCUCAACGAAGCACCCACCUAUGAAGCCCUAUCUUAUGUUUGGGGUAAUCCGCAGCCUGCAGCAUCAAUCCUGAAUCGUGGCCUUGCUCAAACGGUCACUCCUAAUCUAGAGAAAGCUCUCAGGCGGCUUCGACUGCCAGACCUCGAACGGGUGGUCUGGGCUGAUGCAAUCUGCAUCAACCAAGAGGAUAUACAUGAACGAGAGUGUCAGGUUUUAUUGAUGCAAGCUAUCUACAAUCAAGCGUCAAAGGUUCUGGUAUGGCUUGGGGAUGAUGAGUUUGGUCAAGCAGAGAAGGCCUUAAGAGUUAUUGACUUAGCUUCGGGUUGGUGCAUGACCGAGACAAACGCAAAUUCCUUAUCGGAAAUUGAUUUUGACUUGGUCAGUGAGCCGACCCUCAUCCAACGAGCGGGCUAUGGUUCGCUGCACGCUACCAGCUUUUUGAGCGGUUUUCUUGGUACUCCAAUGUGGGAGUUCGACAUAAUGAGGGUCGAAGUAGAAAAAUGGGCUUCCCUACGCUGGCUUUUGGAACGUCCUUGGUUUUCAAGGACGUGGAUCAUCCAGGAGGUUGCAUUUGCAGAUUCCAUAAUAAUGAUUGGCCAACAUGAGCUCGAAUGGGACCAGCUUGCCAUUGCUACAGCCUGGCUUGAUCGGAAAGCCUACCCCCCGAAUCGUACUGGCCAGGAUACACAAAAUAUGAGACGCAUACGAGCAAUUUAUGCCUGCAGUCCAAGACGAAAUAUGGGGGUUCGCUUAGAGCUCGCAGAAGCAUUGGAGCUAUUACGAGGCUUCGAUACAUCCGAGAUCCGGGACCGAGUAUAUGCCGCUGUUUGUUUGUCUAAUCAAGAAAAACUAAACCACUCGCUACUCAAACCAAGCUACUCUAGGCCAAUUCCGGAAAUAUUCACAAAUGCAACAGAGUAUGUAAUACGCAAUCCGGGUUCGAGACAUGCCCAGUUGGAUAUUUUGUCAUCUGUUACCGGAGAGCGCAAUGUGCUGGAUGGUUUUCCGUCCUGGGUUCCUCGUUGGGAUGAGAAACCACGUACAUCAGAACUGUGGGUCACGAAUAUCGGCUCUCGAUGGAAUGCAUGCGCAAGCAAAACAAGCGAAAAUGUCUCUGUGAGUGAUCGAAAAGGUCUGGUUGUUGAAGGCAUACGCCUCGGAACAAUUCAAUUCGUAGAUGACCGGCUUUCUGGCUUGUCAAGUACCGAAGAAAACCUAGUACAACAGCUAUUUGAAGAAAGAGUUGCCAAUCUGAGGAGUUAUGGACCCUUUGAGAACCUAGCUGAAGCAUUUGCCCAGACGAUUACUGCGGGUUCGAGCCGAAAUUUUGAUGCAGGCGGCGGAAAAGGAGAAUCAUUCCACUGGCAGGAUCUAGUAUCAUAUUUUGCGUGGCCGAGGUCAAAGGAAGAGAGAGACCGAAUGUCAGAAUCACAUGCAGAGCGGAUGAGGAUAAUGCAGGAGACGUCCAAUUUCGAAAUGUCGAUUAAGACAAACCAUUCGUUCUUUGUAUUAAACAACGGAUUGAUGGGAAUGGGUCAUUGUAGUAUCAAAGAAGGCGACGAAGUCUGGAUACUCUUUGGAGGUCGGUUACCUUAUGUACUGAGGAGUUUCAGGGACCACUACCAAUUCCGACGUCAGUGCUAUUUAGCUGGAUGCAUGGAUGGGAGUCCCGUUACUGCUUGGGAAUCUGGUUUGUAUCCAGAAGACUUGGAUAAAAAAGAGAUUGAAAUUUGUUAGUACAUAGUUAUCCUUUAGUCAUUCAC